UAACUCGAGUGGGAGUGUGCAGGGUCUAUAAAGUCCCAGUGGGAAGCUGGGCAUGGGAGGGUCACCAGGGGAUUCCUGCCUCCUGCUCAGCUGUGCCGUGGUGAUGGGGCUCCAGGCUGGGAGAAGUUUGCUGCGUGGGGACCUUGUCCUGCUGCCCACAGUGCUGGCCAUGGCCUUGCUCCUCGCCUGCAGCAGCGCUGGCCCAGCAGCACCCACCGCCAGCCCCCGGAGUGCGUUCCCCGCGGACUGCAGCCGCCUGCGCAAGGGCAGCCCCAGCGGCGUGUACGUCAUCCAGCCCGCUCGCUCCCCGCCGCGCGUCGUCUGGUGCGACAUGGACACGGCGGGCAGGGGCUGGACCGUGGUGCAGAGGAACUCCCGCGACACCGAGCUCUCGUGGAAGCAGUCCUGGACCACCUACAAGUACGGCUUCGGGAACGUGCAGAGCGACUACUGGCUGGGCACCGAGUACCUGCACCUGCUGACUCAGCAGGGCACCUACAAGGUUCGCUUCGUGGUGCGGGACAAAGCCAACGCCACGCACCACGCCGAGUACGACAUCUUCAGGGUGGAGAGCGAGGCCAGCGGGUACCCGCUGAGGCUGGGCCGCUUCUCUGGCGACGGGGAGGAUUACCUGACCCUGUACCACCCCAAGAAGGGCGGCAUCCACGACAACAUGAAGUUCAGCACCAACGACAAGGACCAGGACCAGUACGGCGGGAACUGCGCCAACAGCUACGGCGGCUGGUGGUACGACCGGUGCCACAACGUGCUGCUCAACGCCAGGAAGAACAUCCUCUGGCCGGGCUUCUGCGACAACGGCGACUGCUCCUCGUCCCUCAUCCUGGUCAAGCCCACGGACGUGUGCUGACGGGGCCGCUCCCGCGCCAGCGCCGCCGCUCCGCCCGCAGCUCCCGCACCGGCCCCGGCCCCAGCGCGGCGGCUCCGGCGCCCGGGAGCCAC